AGUGGUUUCUUUCUUCUUCCAUAUCCCUAUAUUAAAGCUCCAAACCUCCAAUCCUUCAACUCUUUUGGUCCCAAGAAAAUUUUAGCCCAAAGAAUCCGUCCAAAGUUCCAAAAACCAAACUACACUUACAAAGAUUUUACAAAGAAGAAGAGUAAGAUGAUUCAAGAGCUCUUGGGAGGAGGUGCAGCACUUGUAGGAGGAGAGAGGAAAAUCUCCAUAAAUGGAAUUUUAGAAGGUUCACCUUCACCUUCUCCUUCUCCAUCUCCAUCUCCAUCUCCUUCUUCUUCAGCAAACACAACAGCCACUGCUGCAGCAACUGCCACUACUGCUACGGCCACAUCAUCAUCAUCUUCACAACAGCCAUCAGAUCACCAAAGUCUGAGAUGCCCAAGAUGUGAUUCUUCCAACACCAAAUUCUGUUACUACAACAAUUACAAUCUCACUCAACCUCGCCACUUCUGCAAGACCUGCCGUAGGUAUUGGACCAAAGGCGGUGCUCUCCGAAAUGUACCCAUCGGUGGCGGCUGCCGGAAAAACAAGAACACCACCAUCUCUACCUCUGCUGGAAAAUCUAGCAGCUGUAAAGUAAAGACUGCCUCAGACGUCGUAACGACGGCAAACCUUGAGCUCCACUCGAAUCCGAUGCUAUGGGCUUCUCCACAGAAUUCACAACUGUUGGCCUUACUGAGAGCCUCCUCUCAGAACGCUAAUCCUAACCCUAACCCUAACCCUAACCUUAAUCCGAUGUAUAAUGUGAAGGAUGAAGGGGGUUCUAUGGGAUCCCACAUGACGUCAGAUGCAAUAAAUGCAAGAACGCUGAGCUUAGAUCCUCUGACCACUCAGAUUCCGAUCGGUCUCUGCAGUUCUUUCUGGAGAAACAAUCAACAUCACCAACCUCAACAACAUCACCAUCAACAUCAACAACAACAACAACAGCAAGGAUUGUUCCUUGGUCAUGAGGUUCAAAACUCUGGGAUUCAAGAACUUUAUCAGAGGCUAAGAUCAUCAUCUGCAAAUUACUAUACUGAUCAUUCUCAGACAACAAGCUUCACCAAUGUGGCUUCUUCAACAUCAACUUCAGCUAUCUUGGAGCCUGCAUCAGCUCCAGUCAUUGGAGGGGAAUUAGGUUACUGGAGUCCUUCAUUCACAUCAUGGUCUGAUCUGCCUACUACCCAUGGUGCAUUCCAUUAAAAAUCUGCUUUUAAUUUCUUCCCUCUUUCUUGACAAACUAAUGUUUCUACUGUAACUUUUUUUUUUUUUAACAUAUCUUUGGUUUUCUGCUUUGUUUGGCUGGUGUGGUGUCUUUUUAUGUGUUUCCUUUUUUAUGUUUUUGUGUGUAUGUGUGUGCUUAGCUUGUAAGAAUGUAUCAAGCUACAAAAAGAACUGAAGAAGAAGUAAAAGUAGAAAGGGAAAGUAGGUCUUCCUGAGUGUUCUUCAUUUA